AUGCACUCUGUGCAGCCACCAGCAGCUGCUGCUACCAGUAUGCGGAUGCCCAGCAGCAGGUUCACGUACCAGCACUUUGCCGGCGGUGCUGUUGGCGGUAUGGCGGCUGCGCUGCUCACGUCGCCGCUUGAGGUCGUCAAGACGCGGCUGCAGAUCCGGGGCGGAGGUGGGUCGUUUGGGACGCAGACGACGUUUGGCGUCAUGCGCUCAAUUGGAAAGGCCGAGUCGGUGUUUGGACUCUGGAGAGGCAUCACGCCCACGUUGAUUGGCGUUAUCCCGGCACGCGCGAUCUACUUUGGCUCGUACUCGACGUUCAAGGAGAAGCUUAGUGCGUACGGACUGAACGGUCGUGCAUUCAACUUCCUGUCGGCUGCGGGCGCUGGAUCGAUCUCGGCGACACUGUGCUGCCCCAUUUGGGUCGUCAAGACGCGCUUGCAGCUCAUGCCAGCGCAUGCUACGACUACAUCUACUGUCAAGAUGGGUCGGAACGUAGUGUCAGUAGGCUUUGCCGAAGUCGAGACGGCCGGUGCAACAAAGGCCAGACCGCAGUUCUCGAGUAUUUGUCAAGCGGCAUUGGACAUGUACCGCAAAGAGGGGCCACGGGCGUUUUUUCGAGGGCUGUCGGCGUCGUACUGGGGAAUAUCGGAAAGUGCUGUCCAGUUUGCCUUGUACGAAGAGUGCAAGAACCACAUGGACGAGCCCACGAAUCUCGAGUACUUUUUGACGGCUGGCGCUUGCAAACUGCUGGCUUCAGUAUGCACGUAUCCACAUGAGGUCGUUCGAACACGAAUGCGCGAUCAGCGCGCGCCAUUGGGCUCAAAGGAACUCAAGUACCGGUCCAUGGUCCAGUCGAUCGUCACGAUCUACAAGGAAGAAGGGAGACGUGGGUUGUACUCGGGUAUGCCAGCACAUUUGAUGCGGGUUGUACCGAACGCUGCGAUUUUGUUCAUGGUGGUAGAAGUAGUUGCAAAGAAGGAGUAA